AUGUCUACUCAAGACUCGCGCAGUAUUCUUUUCACACACACCCGCCCCCAGGAAGGGUUCCGGUUACUGGAACUUACCCCAGAGCUGGAAGAACUACUGACAUCGAAAGAUGCACCUGUACUCGAACUCAAGUCGCCCUCUGCAGCCCUCGCACAAGCAGUAGUCGACCCCACCGCCCAUGACUACGUCAACCUAUGCACACCAACACAAACCUACCGCAUCCGCCAAGUGCAAUCUUCAAACUCCCUACACAUCCUCCGCCCAAGCCGCGGCGAGAUCUCCCAAGCAGACAUCAAAGUCGUUGAAGAAGAAGCCGGCGAAAGCGGCGCAUUGAACCUCCCAGAUGAAGCCGUAACGGCCAUUGCAAAGUGCUCCUCGACGCUGGAACUGCACAUCCCGCCGGGAGGGUUCUCAGCCGUUCCGUUCCUAGAGAAGAGUCUACGGCUGUAUGACCGGCGCAGCGAUGAUGACGGGGACAUAGCGAUGGGCGGUUCUGCUGACUCCACGGGCCCGCUGGGAUCCAAGGAGAUGCGCACGGCCAGGGAGAAUUUGUGUCAGGAUAUCCCUGUGUCAACGGCGCAGUGCGAGCAGGGCUGGAUGGAGCUUUGUGCGUUUGUGGAUGGAGCCGAGGAGGUGGCGUGUUGGCGGCCCUCAGCGCGGUCUCGAUUGGCUGUUUGGAAGCGGUUAGUCGAGGGUGCUGUUUUGCAAGGUAUUGAUCUUGAGAAGCAGUUUCUCGUUGGGGACUUGUGGAAGUCUGUUCUGGAUGAUGACGAGGAGAUGGAGCCACCGUUUCCACGUGCGUUGCUGGAGGCUGUUGUGAGGCGCAUCUGCAUUGCGGAUGAGCGACCACCUUUGGCGGAUGAUAUUAAAUGGGCGAGCUUUGAUAAGGUUGAGUGUACGCAAUGGGUUGGCGAGACAUACCUGGCCGCCACUGCUCCGACUACAUCGUCUGCUAUUGGAAGAAGUGAAUUCCUUCGCGCAUGGAAGGACUGUCUGCCUGAGACAUGGAGAGGAGACGCAGCGCUGUCAAAAUUGCCGAAUGGCUGCUACAACAGUCCUGACCCUACGACUAUCUGCUUUGUUGAACCCUCCCAACGGCUGCCAACCAACAAAACUGCCUCUGCACCAGCCACAGCCGCGAAGGCUAAGAAUACCAGAAAUUGGCAUGAACUGCUCAAAGGCCGCCGUUGA